AUUCCAAGGAUGACAAGAAGGGCGAUGGACACGUCAAGGAAAGCGAUAUUAGCAAAGUAGAGUCCUCUUCUUCAAAGAAGGAUAAGAUUCUUCCCGGACAAAAGAUCAAGAACGACAAGACAGGCAAAAUGGAGGUGCUCAAGGUGCCAGAAGAGUUCAAAGUGAAAGACGGUGUCCUUACACAGUUCUCCGUGUAUCGACGACCGGAACUCAAUGCGCCCACUUAUCACGCGCAAGAUCCUCAUUUGCUUGACUUCGGAGGCACAGAGUUCGGAACCAUCGACCUGAUCGGUCAGUCAGCU